CUAUCAAUUAUCAGGCAAAGGUCACGGAUAUCAACGCCCAUUGCGUGACUCAACUCCAUACCUCACUUCAGAUUGCGCGAUUGGAUUGCAAAAUUGCAAUGGCUUCAUCUCUGCCGUCGAUCUCGCCGUACUUGUUUCUAAACACUCCGCCGCCGUCGCAGCGGAGAUUCCCGGCGGCGGCGUGGGGCGGAGGACGGCGGAAGGCGAAGGCGGUGGUAGCGAGGAUGUACAAGGGGACACAGAUGAGAGAGCAGCGGCUGACGGAGAUGAUCGAGGAGAAAGUGAAGGAGGCGGAGCAGGUAUGCGGCGAGGACGAGACGUCGGACGAGUGCAAGGUGGCGUGGGAUGAGGUGGAGGAGGUCAGCCAGGCCAAGGCGGAUCUCCGCCGGAGGAUCCAUCUGUUGCAGCAGGAUCCGCUUGAGUACUUCUGCCAGGACAAUCCGGAGACCGACGAGUGCCGGAUUUAUGAGGAUUGAUCUCCCGCCGUUGAUCUCUCUCCCCGAUCGGACGGUUUGGAUUUAAUUUCGUUGCCAUGCUCGUUUGUUGUGUAGGUGUGAUGAUAGGCUGGAUUUCGUUUCCUGCCUUAUUUUGUCUUUGUCCGUUAUAGGAAAGACCGUGGAAUAUAUAUUAAGCAUACGUGCUGUGCGUUGUUAAGUUU